GAGGAGGAGGGAGCUGAGGCCCCAAGUGCAGCCUCGGAGAUCAAGGGCCCUAUCCAGAGCCGGGAUGUGUCCGGCCCCGAGGGCGCGGCGGGCAGCGGGACCCUGACCCAGCGGCCCUGAGUCGGAGCCCUGGCUGUCCCGUGCUCCUCGGACCCGAGCCUGCAGUGGACCUCGGGCUGCAGGCGCCUCCGCAUGUGGCGGCGCAGUUAGGGAGAUGCUGCAGGAUAAGGGCCUGUCGGAGAGUGAGGAGGCCUUCCGGGCCCCGGGCCCCGCGCUCGCCGAGGCCAGCGCCACCAACCCCCCCGAACCCGCGCUGGCUGCACCAGGCCUCAGCGGGGCCGCGCUCGGCAGCUCCCCGGGCUCCGGAGCCGACGUCGCAGCCACUGCAACCGCAGAGCAGACGAUCGAGAACAUCAAGGUGGGCCUGCAUGAGAAGGAGCUCUGGAAGAAGUUCCACGAGGCGGGAACCGAGAUGAUCAUCACCAAGGCGGGCAGGAGGAUGUUCCCCAGCUACAAGGUGAAAGUCACAGGCAUGAACCCCAAGACCAAGUACAUCCUGCUGAUAGACAUUGUCCCUGCGGAUGACCACCGCUACAAGUUCUGUGACAACAAAUGGAUGGUGGCAGGGAAGGCUGAGCCUGCCAUGCCAGGAAGGCUCUACGUCCACCCGGAUUCUCCUGCCACUGGCACCCACUGGAUGCGGCAGCUGGUCUCCUUCCAGAAGCUCAAGCUGACAAACAACCACCUGGACCCCUUUGGCCAUAUCAUCCUCAACUCCAUGCACAAGUACCAGCCGCGGCUGCAUAUUGUGAAGGCUGAUGAGAACAAUGCUUUUGGCUCCAAAAACACAGCCUUCUGCACCCAUGUGUUCCCAGAGACUUCCUUCAUUUCUGUGACCUCCUACCAGAAUCACAAGAUCACACAGCUGAAAAUUGAGAACAACCCUUUUGCCAAGGGAUUCCGGGGGAGUGACGACAGUGACCUGCGUGUGGCUCGGCUGCAGAGCAAGGAAUAUCCUGUGAUCUCCAAAAGCAUCAUGAGGCAGAGGCUCGUCUCCACCCAGCUCUCAGCUAAGCCCGACGUCAGCCCCCUGCAUGGCGCCCACCAGGCGCUCCAGCACUACCAGUAUGAGAACGGAGCUCACAUGCAGUUUGCUGCGGCUGAGCCGCAGGACCUUCCCCUCAGCACCUUCCCAGCCCAGAGGGACUCAAGCCUCUUCUACCACUGCCUGAAAAGACGAGCAGACAGUGCCCGCCAUCUGGACUUACCCUGCAAGCGCCCCUAUCUGGAAGCUACCUCUGCAGUGGGAGAGGAUCAUUAUUUCCGUUCUCCCCCUCCCUAUGACCAACAGAUGCUGAGCCCCUCCUACUGCAGUGAGGUGACCCCAAGAGAAGCCUGUAUGUACUCAGGUUCAGGGCCCGAGAUUGCUGGGGUGUCCGGGGUGGACGACUUGCCCCCGCCCCCACUGGGCUGUAACAUGUGGACAUCAGUCUCACCAUACACGAGCUACAGCGUCCAGACCGUGGAGACUGUGCCUUACCAGUCCUUCCCCACGCACUUCACCGCCACCACGAUGGUGCCUCGGCUGCCUGCUAUCUCUGCUCAGAGCUCCCAGCCUCCAGGAAACACCCACUUCAGUGUCUACAAUCAGCUCUCACAGUCUCAGGUCCGGGAGCGGGGGCCCACCGCCUCAUUCCCCAGGGAGCGUGGCCUCCCCGCCGUGUGUGAGAGGAAGCCGCCCUCCCCACACCUGAAUGCUGCCAAUGAGUUUCUCUACUCUCAGAGCUUCUCCUUGACCCGGGAAGCUUCCUUACAGUAUCAUUCAGGAAUGGGGACUGCAGAGAACUGGGCUGAUGGAUAACUCCCAUGUCUCCUUGGCAGCCCCAGGACCCUAAUCCAGUGUUAACCUCUGUGGGUGGCCUGCACUACCCAGACACAUGGGAUGGUAUUUCAAAGGGUGGUGUGUGUGCAUGUGUGGGUGCAUGUGUGCGUAUCGGGAGAGCAUCUGUCCUCUGACAUACAAUUGAGGCCAUGACAAGGAAAAGAGUUCUAAGAUUUUGCAGAUUUCGGCUGCAGGACCUGGGUCCACUGUUACCUUCUGUCUCCUGACAUGCCCGUGGAUGGGAUGUGAGUGGAGAGUUCAUGUGUGUCAUUUAGAGGUUUUUGCUUUACUCAGGGCCAGGUAGUGAGGUCUCUCCCACAGGGAAAGCUGGGGGAAGAUUUUCGUUGCUGGGCUGGAGGGCUUUGCACACAUUGGAGAGUCCCUGGCCUUCUGUUUGCAAGGGGAGCUGGGGGGCUUGUUUUGAGAGCAGGAGGCCCACUCCACUGACUCCUGGAGAUUCCAUGAGGCCUCCUGAGAAGUGUACUCAGCAAAACCACAAAGCUGCUCUGAGGGGAGAGCAGACCGCUCAGUUAGUGGCCUGGAAAUUGAUCUCUGGAGCUCUGAGAUCUGAGGGAUGACUUUCAGAGAGGGUCAUGUGCUAAGGGCCACCUGAUGAGUACUAAAACAUUUUUUUUCUUCAGAGAGGAAGGAAAAAUGCAACCAGUAGCAUCUCUGUUACCAUUCAGGUUUCCUAAUAAAGUGCAAAGCCCUUCACCCUCGGUCCCUAUCAUACAAUCUCUCACCCUCUGCGGCAUGCAGGAGGACUCUGCCUCUCGGGCACCAUCUGCAUCCUACAACCAGUCAUUAGGAGACACACUUCACAGGGCAGUGUCCCAGGAGAGCACAUCCGAGCUGCUGCCAGGCAUCUCCAGAGCCUGUUCUUUUCCCUGAAAAUCCCUGCCUCCGAUGCAAGAAAGCCCAACAGAAAUAAACACAAGAACUGAGAAAAUAUUCAUUUCUUCCAGUAAAUUCAGCCAGUGAGCUCAGAGGAGCAAGGAAAAUUCUCCAGUGAGGUGGAUCUUGUAGUCUUCCAUCCAGCCCUUCAGCAUUGAACACCACCAGACCAUCCGUGUGGCUGGUGUGAACUCUGUAAUCAAAAUUGGGAAAUCACUAAACUCUUUGCAUGCUGAGCAGCUAUUUAUAUAUUAUAUGAAUAAAUAAAUAAAUAUAUAUAUAUAUAUAUCUCACAAAUGCAGGCCACAUGUCAAACUCAGCUUUGCUUUUUACAAAUGAAUAAACUUAAUAAAUGAACAUUGGUGGGGGUAUUUGGAAAGGCAUCUAUUUAAAUUUUUAUUACACAUUUGAUGUUAAAACUAAGAAUGGUUUAGAUAAAACAUAAAUAAAUAUAUAUAUGAAAACACACACACACACAUUACAGAUGAAACUUUAUUAGGAGACACCUUAGCUAACGGGAUAUGCAACUUCAAGUGUUUUGUUACAUAGCAUGGACAUUUCCCUUUACAUAUUGGAACAUAAAGCCAUUUUACAACA